AAUUAUUCAAAGACUGUCAAAUCCCAAAAACUCAUACAUAUUGAGCAGAACUGCUACCAGCUACCUCAUCAUUCCAUGCGUUACAAAGUUAAAGGUUUUCCAACAUGGAGGCUGCAACAAGAUAUUUCAUUCUUCUUUCAAUUGUUGGAAUAUCAUUCAUAAUCUUUCCCACAUCAGCAGCAAGUGAUGGCAAGAAUGCUACCGCAGUAGAGGUUGGUGUGGGUGUGAUUCUUGACUUGGAAUCCAUAUCUGGAAAGACGAGAAGGGCAUGCAUUACACUUGCUCUGUCUGAUUUCUACACCGACCGCAACCACAGCAAUGGCAGAAUCCAGAUUGUCCCACACUUCAGAGACUCCAACUCCAAUGAUGUUGGCGCAGCAUCUGCUGCCAUAGACCUGCUGAAAAACAAUCAAGUACACGCAAUAUUAGGUCCCCAGGGAUCGACCCAAACAGACUUCGUAACAGACAUAGGAAAGAAAGUGAGAGUUCCCAUCAUUUCACCAGCUACAAGUCCUUCUCUUUCACCCAGCCAAAACCCAUACUUCAUCAGAGCAGCUUACUGCUCCUGCGCUCAGGCCAAGGCCAUUGCAGCAAUUGUUAAGGCCUUUGGUUGGAGGCAAGUCGUUUUUAUCUAUGAAAACAGCAACUAUGGAAGUGGAAUCCUUCCCCAUUUGACUGAUGCCAUGAUGGAUAUAAGUGUCUCAGUAGCACACCAAAGCAUUCUUUCGCCAUCAGCAGAUGAUGAUCAGAUCAUGGUGGAGCUACUUAAAUUAAAGACGAAGCAGACACGUGUUUUCAUAGUCCAUUUGCAUCCACACUUUGCCCCUCAGUUUUUUGUAAAGGUUAAAGAAGCUGGAAUGAUGAGCAGUGGUUAUGUAUGGAUGAUCACAGAUGAAUUCACUAGUCAUUUGGUCUCUAUGGAGGCUUCAGUUCUUGACUCGUUGCAAGGGGUUAUAGGAUUGAAGCCUUACGUCCCAAGUUCAGUUGAGUUGAAUGACUUCAUCAGGAGAUGGAAAUCAAAAGAGUUUCGUCAACAAAAUCCAGACAUUGAUGGAGUGGAGCUCAAUGUUUUCGGGCUAUGGGCAUAUGACAGUGCCAUGGCAUUGGCUACAGCACUUGAGAAACUAAACACUUGGAGUCUGAAAUUUAAUAGAACAUUUAUUAAUAAGGAGAAUCCAACAGAUUUGGAUACAAUUGGGACUUCACAAAUGGGUCCUUUGCUACAUGAAUCCAUAAGAAAUAUCAAAUUCAGGGGACUAAGUGGUGAUUUCCACAUAGUUGAUGGAGAACUACAGCCAUCUGCAUUUCAGAUUGUGAAUGUGAUAGGUAGAGAGAAACAGAUUGGCUUCUGGACAGAAAAGUAUGGGAUCUCCAAGAAACUAAUUAACCCAAAUAGUACAAACCUUUACUCUGCUAAGGCAAAUGAUCUUGGGGCGAUCUUAUGGCCAGGAGACUCUACUGCUGUUCCAAGAGGCUGGGAAAUCCCCACAGGUGAAAUAAGGUUGAAGGUAGGAGUUCCUGUUAAAACAGGGUUUCAGGAGUUUGUUGAAGUCAAAAUUGAUCCCCAGGGAAACACUGUAAAGGCAACUGGUUUCUGUGUAGAUGUUUUUGAAGAGGUGAUGAAGUCUAUGCCUUACUCUGUGCCAUUUGAUUAUAUAGCAGACCCUUACCCACGACGCAAAGACCAUCCAUACUAUGACCACUUAGUUGAUCAGGUCUCCAUUGGGAAAUAUGAUGCAGUAAUCGGUGAUAUUACCAUCUUAUCAAAGCGUUCCAAAAAUGUGGAUUUCACUUUACCAUUUACAGAGUCCGGGGUCACCACUGUUGUUCCCGUCAAACAAGAUGAAAAAAAGAACGCGUGGAUUUUCUUGAAACCUUUCAAGACAGAACUAUGGGUGACAACUGGUGUGUCCUUCGUCAUCAUUGGCUUUGUGAUUUGGAUCCUUGAACACAAGGUCAACAAAGAGUUUCAAGGUCCACGCCACAAACAAGUUGGGAUGAUCUUCUGGUUUUCUUUCUCAACUCUUGUCUUUGCACACAAGGAGAGGGUAAUAAGUAACUUAUCAAGAUUCGUGAUCAUAGUAUGGGUGUUUGUUGUUCUGGUCCUGACAUCAAGCUAUACGGCAAGCUUAACAUCUAUGUUAACAGUACAACAAUUGCAACCUACAGUCACUGAUCUCAAUGAUCUGAUCAAGAACGGGGGGCAUGUUGGAUUCCAGGAUGGUUCCUAUGUUGCUGGGAUGUUAAAGAGGAUGAAAUUAGAGAGCAACAAAAUGAGGAAUUAUAGCAAAUUAGAAGAGUAUGAUGAAGCACUAACGAAAGGUGGUAGAAACGGAGGAGUUGAUGCUAUCGUGGAUGAACUGCCAUAUAUUAGGCUCUUCCUUGCGAAGUAUGGUGAGAAGUACACUAUAGUUGGUCCAACCUACAAGACUGCUGGCUUUGGAUUUGUUUUUCCAAUGGGAUCUCCUUUGGUACCUGAUGUCUCAAGAGCAAUCUUAAAUGUGACAGAGAGCGAUGCUAUGAUGAAAAUAACCAGUAAAUGGUUUGGGAAUGAAGCAAAAGAUGAAACCAUGGCUGUUUCUGACAGCCUGGAACUGGACAGUUUCAAAGGCCUUUUCACCAUUGCUGGUGUAUCUGCAACAUUAGCCCUUUUCAUAUUCAUCUUCUCCUUCCUUAACCAGAACAAAGGUAUCUUCACAUCUGAUAUCUCAAUCAGGCAAAAGCUUUCUGCAUUGACAAACGCGUUCUUUAAAGAAAAAGAAGACUCGCCUGGAGAGUCCCAGAAGCCAAAAGAAAGUUCUGUCUCCUCUCCACAGCCACUGCCUACCCUUCAUGAACCGCAAAGACCAGACACCAGAAUAGCACAAACUCCAGAGCAAGACACUUCCACUCAGGAUGAGAUUCUGGAUCCACAUAUAACCGAACAGACAAGUCCUGGUUCAUCACCGUCUGCAGAAAGCUGAAGCAUAAAUAUCUUAAAAUUCUUAAUAUAUUUAAUUAUAGUAGCAAGGGUUGUAAGUUUCCAGCCGCGUUAUUUAUGGUUCAGUUUCGUAUGGUUGCGAUGAAUCAAAACUAGAGAAUUCUUGCAACUAACAUUAAUAAAUUAG